CAUGACGUCUUUAUUACCUCAAGUUUUAUCAAUUCGGGCGGCCAAUAAACACCGUCCCGUUUCCCAAGAUUUGGUUCGCCGUCAAGAGAUUUUUUAUGGACCUCAACCGGGAACAGUUUUUACAACUGGCCGCUCGAAUACAUGGUUUGGCCGAUGGUAUCCCUCUCCCUCAGUAUUGGCUAAACGAAAUCCUCAAACCCCGGCAACCAGUAGAUGGAGCACAAGACAAGAACCUUCAAAGUUUCCACCAGCAAUUAAACAACGCCGAAAACAAAAAGAACGACCAGAAUCUUCUGUUAUUAAGUUAAGAAUGUUGGAUUCAGACGGAAAUAUUCAACAAGCUAUAGAGGGCCGUCUACAAAGAAUGGAAUUAACAAUGACACCAUGCUACUGUAUAGCUGCACCUUUUCGCCAAAGGCAGACAAAUGAAUUGACAAAUAUAUUUAAAAUGCCUUUUGUUCAAGAAUCUAAUGUUACAGUAAAACAAUUUCCAGCUGAUAUAUAUUCAAGAACCGAAACUGCUAAACAAGAUUUAUCUACAAACUUAAGACGCCUAGAAAAGCCGCGGCCAAGAAAGUUUAGUAUACCAGAAAGUCUCUUAACAAGUCGAUCAAAGACGGAGUCUAACAUUACUACUAAACUAGAAGGGGAAAAGAGAUCAGUUCACUUUAACGUACAUCAUGAAAUUCGCGAAUAUGAACCAUCUAAACCUGUUGCAGUUUCUAGUUUACGCUUUUAA